CGCUCGCCCUCUCCGCUGCGGGGCUGCCUGGUGCCCAGCCCCCUGCCCACCCGCCGCACCAGGACCUUCUCCGCAACCGUGAGAGCUUCGGAGGGUCCUGUCUACAAAGGUGUCUGUAAAUGUUUCUGCCGCUCCAAGGGCCAUGGAUUCAUCACCCCUGCUGAUGGAGGGCCUGACAUCUUCGUGCACAUCUCGGACAUCGAGGGCGAGUAUGUUCCCGUGGCCGGCGACGAGGUCACCUACAAGAUGUGCACCAUCCCCCCGAAGAACGAGAAGCUGCAGGCAGUGGAGGUGGUGAUUACCCAUCUGGCUCCUGGCACCAAGCACGAGACCUGGUCGGGGCACGUUGUCAGCUCCUGA